CAAAUCCAGCGGUGCCCCACUAGUCCAUUCGACGUCCCUUCUUCUCUGUACUGCCCUGCGUUGCUCGUUUCAUUUGGUGGGCUUGUCGCUCGCUCGGCCUUCUUCGUCCUCUCUGCUCUCUCUCCUCGUGUCUGAAACUCCCCCUGCCAAUUGUGCGUCGGUGGGAAAAGAAGACACAGCGCGGGUGGACAACACGUACAAGCAUUCGCACAGCAACAUGGGGACCUCAGAGGGCAGGCGAAGUUCGAGGGCGAGCCCCAAGAGCAGCCCAAGCCCAAAGCGCGGCAGCUCAAGUCCUGUCGCUCAAGAACACUCCCCUGACCACGAAUCGCCACACGACGACCAACCCCAAACCCAGACCAACGCUCAGGGCCUCUUACACGGCGAUGCCCUCAUCGAAGCCGGCGGCAGCGACGAAGACGGCGAGUUCUCGGCCAGCGAAUUCGACGCCGCCUCCACCAGCGACCGCACCGACUCAACAUCCGUCAGCUCGAGCAUCUACGAGCACAGCUACCAGCAUGGCCGUCGCUACCACCGCUACCGCCACGGCCGCUACCCGCUGCCCAACGACGAGGCCGAGCAGAACCGCGAGGACAUGCUGCACGCCAUGAUGCUCGAGGCCACCGACGGCCGCCUGUUUUAUUCGCCCAUCGGGGACUAUCCGCAGAAGAUUGCCGACCUGGGCACCGGCACGGGGCUGUGGGCCAUUGAGGUGGGAGACAAGUACCCAAGUGCCGAGGUUCUAGGGCUAGAUCUAAGUCCCAUUCAACCAGUCUGGGUCCCUCCAAACGUCAAAUUCCUGGUCGACGACGUUGAAGACGAGUGGCUCAACGGCGAUGACUUCGACUUCGUCCACCUCCGCAACAUGAUUCCCAUCCUCAAGUCCCCAGUCGGCCUUCUCAAGCAAGCAUACGACCACAUGAAGCCUGGCGCCUGGGUCGAACUCCAAGACGUCGAUGGCGACGUCCACACCGACGACGACUCCAUUCCCAAAGACUGGCCCAUCAAGCGCUUCACCGAACUGCUCCUCGAGGCGUUUGCCCAGUUCGGCACCAACGCGCACGCCGCCGUCUUUGGCGGGCAGUACCUCGCAGAGGCGGGCUUCGUCAACAUCAAGCACAACUACAUCAAACUUCCCUACGGCACAUGGCCGCGCGACAAGGUUAUGCGACUCGUCGGCAUGUACUACCGCACCGCGUGCGAGGAAUUCUUCCCCGCCGUCGGCGCCAUCCACUUCCCCAUGCUGGGCUGGGAAAAGCCCGCCAUUGAGCUCUUCUUCGUCGAGUGCCGCAAGUCGAUGCGCGAUCCCAACGUGCACGCCUACGGCAAAAUGCACUUCUGGAGCGGGCAGAAGCCCCUGGACGCGGUGUAAAGGAGUCAGUCAGUUUUGAGUCCCGGUGGUCGUCGUCAAUGUUGGCGUUAUAAGCUCGUGUUUUUAUAUGCACUGUUCAAAUCAGCUCUAUAGAGGUUUUGUUGGGUGGCUUUGUGGUUAGGGUUGCGUGGAGUUGAUGAGCGGGCUUCGUUUCCCGUUACGAGGAUGGCCUAGAGGAGGGCGAAAAAGGGGUACAUCCAUCUGCUUUACGAAUCACGAACGAUACUUGAACUGUAUGUAUUAUCAACCAAGUGCUGUAUUUUGUACGCCAUCCAGAUGUCCUUUGAAAUUACUAAAGCCCAUCCCUUACACCGCCACCUUGCCAUUGUCCAUCAUCACCUCCGUCCCUUCUUGGC